AUGCCAAAUCAUCAAGACUGUGUUGAAGUCAUAGACAAUCUUAAUCAAAUCCUCUAUCCUUUAUCCCACAAGAUAAUUGGAAAAAAAUCCGUCACCGUUACAAAAUUACCAUCAACCGGAUAUCUUUCUAAUUUCACAGAACCCACAACGGAAAUCGCUGGAGAGCCGGAUGUGUUCAUAAAUCGUGGUUCCAUAAUUAACCUGCUGUGCGAAAUCAGAUACGCUCCGCAACCUCCGCCUCACGUCACCUGGUCGCACGAGGGGACGGUCAUUAACUAUGAUUCACCACGGGGCGGAAUUUCUUCUGUUACGGAAAAAGGAAUAUUUACCACCAGCCGUUUGCUAAUUCAACAGGCAAUUGGGAGCGACUCUGGGGUCUAUAGUUGCACGCCUUCCAAUGCUCCUAAUGCAACGAUACGAGUUCAUGUUGUGGAUGCAGGAUUACCAGCAGCUGUUCAAAGUUUGGCCGUCCAGAAACUACAGUCAUAUACAAUAUUGUCGAUAUGUUGCAUUUUGUCCAUUAUCAAAUUAAUGUUAAAAAAAUAA